CCUCGGAGGGGGGCGAUGGAAGAGAGCCCUUGGAUUUGGAUUGUAUUUGUAUUGUGGCCACUGUUCGGAGUCGGUGCCCUUGUGCUGCCGCGGAGUAGAGAGCCUUGGCCCUGCACCAUGGCUGCGGAAAUCGAUACCAGUUACCUCAGCCUCACUGCUCUCAUCACGGCUGUGUUCCAAUUUACAUUUUUUGUUCUUGCAGCAACAUUGAAGAUUGACAAAGUUACAGAUUUUGCAGGUGUGUUCAAUUUCGUCGUACUUGCUGUUACGACCUUCUAUCUUAAUGGCACACUAUACCUCCGCCAGAUAGUGUUGACAUGCUUAGUUGUGACGUGGGGCCUCCGGUUGUCAAUCUUUCUUCUCUUGAGGAUUCUAGAAUGGGGUGAAGACAAGCGCAUGGAUGACAGGCGAGGCCAUGUUGCUAGAUUUGCUGUAUUUUGGACUGUACAGGGCAUAUGGGUGUGGACUGUAUCCCUCCCAGUUACCGUUGUGAACGGAAUCGUAACCCGAAAUCCAGAAAUUCAAAUGACCGAUAUGUUGGGCUGGACUAUGUGGGGCAUUGGCUUUAUCAUUGAAGCAAUCGGCGACCAGCAGAAGCUUCGUUUCAAAAGAAAUCCAGCGUCUGCGCAUAGGUGGUGUGACGUUGGUGUGUGGAAGUGGACUCGGCACCCGAACUACUUCGGAGAGAUUCUUUUAUGGAAUGGAAUCUUCGUGUCUACUACGUCAGUGCUGGAAGGUGGUCAAUGGGGGGCUAUAGCCAGUCCAAUCUUCAUCACCCUCCUUCUCCUCUUUGUCAGCGGCAUUCCACUUCUCGAGGUAUCAGCCGAUGAGAAGCAUGGAGGAAAUCCUGAGUACCGUGCGUAUAAAAAUAGAACGAGCCCUCUCAUUCCACUUCCACCUGCUCUCUACGGGAGUCUUCCGAAGUUCUUGAAGGCUAUGUUUCUCUUUGAGUUCCCGCUGUACAAUAAUAUCAAGCUGGCUGCAGAUUAGGAGAUCAGCUCACACAUGGGCAUCGCCUGGGGAGCUCUACAUUAUGGACAUGGGUUUCGUGAACUCGCUGAACACAGUGUACAUCUCAAGACAAGAGUAGUUAACGAUAGCAGGUAUGGUUGUAUUAGUCUUGAUAUCAGAGAAGCAAAGAAAUCACCUCUACUUGGAGUAUCAUUGUUUAUCUGGUUUACCAUGACUUUUGCACUGGUUGGUAUUCAGCUCAAUGUUUCGCCUAUGGAGUAUUUAGAUACUCGUGUUUCACUUUCCUCAUUUGCUCUGAAUGUUGCCAGCUAACAGAAGGUUCUUCUUUUUCUUA